GCCAUAAUGACCAAACCAAAAUGGCUGCUCUCAGAGAUUAGUUGACAGUCAGCUGGAUUCGAUUUGAUUAGAGCCUUGUGUAUUUCAACGACUCUCUAAAAUGAAACGACUAAAUAAGUAGCACAGCAGCAAGAGUGAACGUUAUUCAUAAAACUACGGAUGCACUGGAUUUAAAGAUCACAAUGAUCAAGUUCCUUCUGAUGGUUAACAAGCAGGGCCAGACCCGCCUGUCUAAGUAUUAUGAGCAGGUGGACAUUGAGAAGAGGCCUUCUCUGGAGACUGAUGUUGUCAAGAGAUGCCUGUCACGCAAAAAAGAAGAGUGCUCUUUUGUGGAAUACAAGGACUUCAGACUAGUGUAUCGACAGUAUGCUGCUCUCUUCAUAGUUGUUGGUAUCAGUGACACGGAGAAUGAGCUGUCAAUCUAUGAGCUGGUACACAACUUUGUUGAGGUUCUUGACAAGUACUUUAGUCGUGUGAGUGAAUUGGAUAUCAUGUUCAACCUGGAUAAAGUGCACAUCAUCAUUGAUGAGAUUAUCCAGAAUGGACACAUAGUGGAGACCAACAAGAACCGCAUCCUGGCACCUCUACUUGCUCUGGACAAGAUGGCUGAGGCACAUUGAGCAGUUGUUUGAACCAUAGACGUAGACCUCGCAUCAUUGUAUCUGUCCAAUUAUGGGGUCUUUAAGAGCAUGGGCAGCGCCAUUAAGGCCAUCUCCAUUAUGAAGUACUCAAUUUUCUUCUAUGAGUUGGGAAACUGAAAGGGUGAACGCUGCCACCUAGAGUGUGUUGUUUUACAGUAAUAAAGCAGAGGUUGGCGAUUUACUGACACCUGCGGUUAUGGAAUGUCUCCUCACAAGUAUAAUGAUCUGAUUCCUCCUGGAAAACCUGAAUAGAAUUAUAUGAUCCUUGAAGGAAAACCACCCAAAAAUGAUAUUUUGGGAUUUGUUUCAUUAGUCCAUUGCUGACAUAGUCCCGAAAUGUUUUGCUUGUCAGCAAUCACAUUUUUAAGAUUUGUAACUUUCAAACCAUCCCUGUAUGAUGCAUUUUGCACCAUACAGGGAUGAUUUCUGUAUUUUAAUGCCACAUUCAAAACAACUGGGAACUCUGAAAAAUAGGUCAAACCAUGUCAGAACUCUAGAAAGAGGCCAGAGAUUCUGAGUUGGAUGACCGUUCAAAUAGAUUUUUGUUUUGAAAUCCGCACUGAAAUCCAAAAAUUCCUGAAAACAUUUUUAAUGUAGUCAACUGGGUGAGACGUUCAACUUCUUUGGAUGAUCCCUCCUGGUGAUCUUAUUGAAAUCAUGUCCAACCAGGACGUUAAGAGGGAUCAGCCAAAUGUGAAGAAAAUGUACUACUUCACAAUGGAGCCACCCAUCAGUUCAAUUGGCAGUCAGAACUUUAUACAAAUAAAAAGAUGAGUCCUCCAUGAGCUGCCCAUGCUAAAACAGGCUUUUGGACACCAGAGACCUCCAUCUAGCUCUAUGGUUUGAACAAACUAAGACCACAGUGGCAAGAAAAGUAUGUGAACUCUUUGGAAUUACCUGGAUUUCUGCAUAAAUUGGUCAUAAAAUGUGAUCUGAUCGAAGU